AAUCUAUUGCUUAUCGUUUAUAAAUACAGACCGUUGUCAGGGUCUUCACGCAAGAGGUCGUUAGGAUGGUACUAUCACUUGUACCACACUGGCGUAGUAGUGACAACUACGGACGGCAGUAGGUGGCUCAUACACAAAGGGGAUGGCUAUGGAGAAAAUUGGGACACUGUUAUAACAAAUGCCGGUUACAUGUCGUCGAAAUGGACAAGAAUGAAAUGCGGCACCGUAUCUGGUCAUACGGUUAAUGAUUUCAUGCAAGCAGGUCGUAUCGACUGUGAGUACAACGUAUUGACAUGUAAUUGCCAACAUGCAUCAAAAGGAAUGUGGAGACUUGUGACUGAAGUGCGAUGCUAACAGCAAAACAAAUGUUGUCAUGUCUACAUUUACAUAUUAUUCGACGGAUUCAUUAUCUAUAAACUCAGUAAUGAGCUUUGUCUCCUCAUGUUUUAAUUAAGAACGUGUUUUGUUAGUAAUUAGGAAUGAAAAAUUUAAAACACAGUGAUUCCAUGACAUUUAGCCAUAUAUCUAUUUAUAGAAUAUUUAUGUCGUCUGUAAAAUGUGCAGAACAUUUAUCAGCUACGUUAUAAGCAUAAAAUCUGGAAGUAACGUAAAACAACUUUCUAUUAAUUCUCAGUUUGAAUAAAACUGCUUUGUGUUCUUUGUAUAAACAUUUCCCUGUGCUGUACAUCUAGCGGCUCAGCCCUUUAGUCUUUACACACUUGGAAAUGAAAACAACAUUCAGCUGGUACUAUACAACAACCUUCUUACCUUCGUUCUGAAAUUUAAAAAAGCUUGUCUUCUACAUUGGAAAUUCUACCUAAAACUGUUUAAUAAAUUUGUUAAUCAUUCUGCUAAGAACUCUGAAAAACAACUUUUUUUGAAUAAACUGUUUGCAUAUACCUAUGA